UAUUACUUGUUUGAAUGAAAGCACUUAUAAUAUUUAUUUAUACUAUCCAAAAGUUUUCACUGUAACCCAAGAUUAUAAUAUCAAAAUGCAAAAUAAAAAAUCACCAUAGAAAGUGAGGAAACCUACCCAUAUUUUCCAUGUCUCUUUCUAUCCGUACAGCAUGAAAUGUGAACCCCCACUAUCUCACAGUAAUCUUACUAGUUACUCUGAUAGAUACGCUUAUAACCCUCUCUUUUCAACUUGUCAGGGGUUACAGACUUGUAUAGUCUGCACAGUCCUCUCUUUCAGGGAACCGAAAGUGAUCGGAUUGGAUCAAGAGACCAACAAACAAAUGAAGAUUCAGUGCGACGUGUGUAACCAAGAGGAGGCCUCCAUGUUCUGCACAGCAGACGAGGCCGCCCUGUGCGACGCAUGUGACCACAGCGUCCACCACGCCAACAAGCUUGCUUCUAAACACCAACGUUUUUUGCUUCUCCAUCCGUCCUCUUCUAAACAAGUCCCUGUUUGCGAUAUCUGUCAGGAGAAACGAGCUUUCUUGUUUUGUCAACAAGACAGAGCAAUUCUAUGCAGAGAUUGUGAUGUUCCAAUUCACGCGGCAAACGAACAUACCCAGAAGCAUAACAGAUUUCUUCUUACAGGGGUUAAACUCUCUGCAGCCUCUGCUCUAUACACAUCCGCUUCUUCAUCCUCCAUGGCUUCCUUAUCCAAGUGUGGUGAUUCUGUUCCUGAAUUCAAGUCUCAACCAUUGGUCAAGAACCCUGUCUCUGCUUCUCCAGCAAAUUUCAAUCCAUCUUCACUUGCUGCUAAAUCUUCAUCUAUUGGUACAACAACAGCAGCAGCAGCAGUAGUUAACAAGAGCAGUGGAGAUAACCUGUUAGCAAGUGAAGGGGGUGGUUCAACGAGCAGCAUAUCUGAGUACUUGAUAGAGAUGCUUCCAGGCUGGCAGGUUGAAGAUUUCCUUGAUUCCUCUUCACCUCCCUUUGGUUUCUGUAAGAGUGAUGAUGGUAUGUUGCCGUUUUUUUAUGCUGGUCUUGAGAGCAAUAUCAGUUCUUUCUCACCAGAAAGUUUAGGUCUUUGGGUUCCGCAGUCACCAUCUCCUCUGUAUCCUCCCCAAUAUUCUUCAGAAAUGGGAGGGCAAAUUGGGUUCAAGGAAACAAAGGAAGUUCCAGGCAUGAAAGCUAACAGGAGAUGGACAGAGGAUGCCCUUACAGUUCCACAGAUCAGCCCUUCAUCCACUGGCUCCAAGAGAUCUAGGCCUCUCUGGUAGGAUCACAUCUUCUAAGCACAAAGGCUUCAUAUUCUCUUAUAGACAAGGGGCUCAAGUUCCCAUCUUUGCCUUUUCCUUUGUAUUUUCCCAUUUCUG